CUGCUCAGUAAAAUGCGCAGUUGUCAUGUUCUGUGGCACCUUUUCAUGUAACAGUCACUAAGCAUUAAGUCACUAUAUAUUAAUAUUGCCAACCUUAACAUACAAUAACCAACAAAACUCUUAUAGGAAUAAUAGAGAUCUUUAACUUUUAUAUUAUGUACAUUAUUUCCAGCCAAUUAGAUGGAAGGUCAAAAAAUUUCAAACUUAAAUUCGUCAACGUCUACGUUGACCAGUUACCAGGAUUUUUGGUGUUUGAAAAGUAAAUAUCCUGGAAAGAAGUUUUUUUUAUAGAAUUAGUUAUUUACAGAAUUGUGGAGGAACUACUGGACCAGAUAAACGUUUAAUUACACGAAACCGUGUAAAAAUUGCAGCUUAAGUGCUUGUUACAUAUUUCAAAGAUUGUGUUUGAAUAAUAUCCACCUUACGGUAGUUUGUUGUGAUACUUAUUUGAAAAUUUAAUCCAUGAAUUCAAAUUUUUUUGAUAUGAUGGAUAACUGUUGUGCUCCGCAGUGGGCAGAUUUUACACGUAGUCCUCAGGUUUGUUGUGAUAGUUAUUUUGAAAAAGAACACGAGGUGCACGAUCCUCAAAUACUUUUGAAAUCUACCAUUAAUUCCACUUUAUCUUCCCCAUAUACGCAAGAAAGCAAAAAUGAACAAUCUGUCAAUGAAACAAAGUUUGAUGACAGUUUAGAACCAGAAACUCCUGCACAUUGUAGUAUAGCAUAUUUUAUACCUCAUGAAACUAAAAAUCAUUCUGUAGAGAAAGUUAAAGAAGAUCAUCAAUUAGACAGAGCUAUGAAAGACUUAAAGCUAGAUGAAAGGUCCAGCAAGAUUCAUCAGACAUGGAAUAUAUCAAUAACAGAUCUGACCGCUGAAUUUAAAAUAUCAAUGGCAAAUCAUAAAAUUAAAAGGGCUGUACCUGAGAGGAUUAAGCAGCGUAUGUUACAGGCAAAGAACACAGUUCUUGGUAAGUCUUCAUUGAAAGAUGUUCAAGCCAAUGAUAUGGAAAAGAAAAAUGCUUUACAAACUAAAUUUGCAAAAAAUAAAAGUGAAUUAGUAAUAAAAUCAAAAGUUGAUACUGUAGCAAAAGAUAAUCUUUCAGAGAAAAGAUUAUCUUAUAAAGUUGUAUCACUUUCAAAAAAAGAAUCCAAUUUAUUUAAUAAAAAACGACAUUCAUUGGGUAAAUCACAACCAAAGGUACUUACUUGUCAAUAUCGUACAUCAAGGAUGAUAAAGAACCGAAGACGUUCAAAUCAGUUUGUAAGUUUAGCAGAGGCAAUUUCUAAGUUCCAAACUGGUACACCUCAGAGAUUCCGUACUCUCAGUAACAAGGAUAUGAAGCCUGGUCCAUUGAUGAAAUUGAAACGAUCACCGCUGAAGCUCACUUAUCCAGUUUCUCCUGCAUUAAGAUGCAAACAGAGAACGAGAAGAGGUAAUAUCUUGAGUCAGCAAGAAAGAGAGGAGUUGGAGUUUGAAGAAAUGAAAAAGCAUCAAAUCAAAGCAAAUCCUGUACCAAUUAAUAUCUUAAAGAGUCGGUCAGUGUUGAAAAAAGUGCCUAAAAAACCAACUACAGUUACGGAAGAGUUUCAUUUGACUCAGUCUAAGAGAAUACGUCAUACAGCAGGACCAUCCCUGAAUUUGGAACAGAAUACAAAUGCCAAGGAACACAAAAAGGUUGUUCCCAUCACUCGUUCCACCAGUAGCUCGAGUGUUUCCACUAAAAAGGAAAAUCCUUGUAUAGAAGUUGUUGCAGAUAACACAAAGGUCACAAAAUUCAAUUCUAACAUUCGCAACAAGGAAUUUCAAAUGAGAAAGGAAGAAAAACUGAAAAAUUUACACACUCAGGAAGUAAACAAAGUAAAGACAGAAUUUCAUGCAAGACCCGCACCUAAAUUUCUAAAGCCAACAAAUACAGUUAAAGAACAGAGUUCAAAGAGGAGAACAGUAGCUACAUGUCCAUUUAGUUUUGAAGAAAGAAACAAAUUCCUUGCUAAGAAGAAAGAAGAAUUUAUUAAGCAGGUGGAGGAACAGAAUAAAAAGAUUAGAGUAUUCCAUGCCAAUCCUGCUCCAAGCUUUAAACCUGUUAUGAUUCAUGGUUUAUCUAAAGAUAAUAUGCGAAGCAAGGAUAAGGUAUAUAGCUCUAAGGAACUUGGAACCAGACAAACAAAAAGUUGCAGUAACCAAGAAAAUAAGCAGCCUAAUAUUAUGAACAAUACAUUAACGGACAUAAGCACUAGAAAGAAGGAGACAGUAAAUAGAAUCAGCACAAGCUUAAUAGAUAUUAAAAAUAAAAAAUUAAACAAUGUCCAGAACAAGGUUUAUAAAGUUGAAUUAAAUACAAUGAAAAGAGUUCAAAAAAGGAACGAAUUUGAUGAUAAGAUCAAGAAGAGGGAGCAGGAAUUUGGAGCAAAGAAAAUGCAGGAAGAAAAGAAUAAAUUAUUGAAAGAAAAAAUGGAAAGAGCAGAGCUGCGCAAAAUGGCAGAGGUGAAAGCUAGACCAAUGCCAGUAUAUAAACCUAUAAAUAUUGUAAAAUCAACCAAGCCUAUAACCAAUCCACAAAGCCCUGCAUUGGGAAUUAGAAACAAAGCAAAAGCUGUUUCUUAGUUUUAAUCAACAUACAAUAUACAAGUUAAUUAUGUAUUGCCUAUAUAUAAACUUAUCAAGGAAGAUAUAAACCCCACCUACUACUAACAUGCACACAUUUAAAUACCGAAGGUCAAGCACACUUAUAGCAACAAUACUAUCUUAUUUUAUUUCCUGUUAAGACAAUAAAUACAGUUUUGAAAUAAUAUAACAAUUAUAAAGUUCUUAAUAUCAUUUUUUUCAUAAACUCCACUCUGUUACAUUAUUAUAAAAUAAUCAAGCCAUACCUCCUUGGCUAUCUGAUCGAGAGCCUGAUCCUCUGCUGAAUGUCGUGCGGUUGUCCGCCUACGUCCAGCUAUAGCAGACUCCAUUUCAGUAUUGAAUGUUUUAAUAUGUAUAUUUUGCUUGAAUAUCAGGCAGACUUUUGCUAGGCAGAUCCACGUCCUUCACCGUACAAGAAGACAAACCACCACACUAAAGGACAAAGGGACAAUAUGCUAGAGCUAGAAAUAUGUGAGCAUGAUUUAAAGCAUGAUUAAUAGACGCAUUAUGACCAAUUAAAUAUACUGUACAGAUGGGAGAAUGAUGUUUGCAAUGCAACCAGACAUAAAUGAAGCGUUAACGUUCAAACAUUGCAAGGGUAUUCAUUCGUAAUGACAACUCAUUCUGAUAAUGCCUUAACUGUUGCAAAGAAUAAUUUAGUGGUAUUACAGACUGCUAAUAAUUACUUAUUAUGCAACAAAAAUGCUUUAUAUAUGGAUAAUGACGACGAGUAGAUAAUGGAACGGUUAUCACUCUGAAUAUUUUAAACGACUCAAAAGGAAAAAUUACUGAAUAUCGAUAUUCAAAAAUUAGAAAAUUUCGAAACUAAAGGCUGCAAAAGGAGGAACUUCGUACUUUUUCAACGAAUUAUAGGUUAACAAUACCCGGCGACAUGUGAAGGUUCAAAAUAGAAUUGUAAAAAGAAUCUAGCACAGGUAAAAACGGUCUUCCGUCGUUCUAACGUUACAACGUUUUCACGCUAAGAAUAACAUCUCCAUAGUGGGAUCUAAUAAUGUAUUUGUUCGGAUCACUUUUAUUGUGCUAUAACGCGUCAAAUGAUUCCCCCAUACAAAAAUCGCGUUCGUCGUUAAGUCAGUGACGACGACGACGACGAAGACGACACAACGAAUGAGACACAGGAUCACGAAUCUAGAACAGAAACGAAAUAAAGAGUCUGGCAAUCGA